AUGCUCAGCCUGAUGGGAGGGGGCCUGCUGUGCGCUGUCUCCGGCCUCGUGCUCAUCGUCGUCUCCACCGCGACGGACUUCUGGAUGCAGUACCGCCACUCGGGGGCCCUGAGCAGCCAGGGGCUCUGGCGCUUCUGCGUGGGAAGCAAAUGCCACCCGCACACCAUCACCCUCGCCUUCUGGGAUGCCACCCGGGCCUUCAUGCUCCUCUCCAUCCUCUCCUCCUUGGCUGGCAUCGCCCUGGGACUCACUGCCUAUGCCGGAAGCAGCACCCGCGCCGCCCGGGUUCGCUCUGCGGGGAUCACGCUCUUGAUUGCAGGCCUCUUUGCCCUGCUGGGCGUCGCCGUGUACACAGGAGUGGCGGUGAACUUCUACGGAAAGCGGUACCCCGAGUGGCGCUUCUCCUGGUCCUACAUCCUGGGCUGGAUUGCAGUCGUCCUCACCGUCUCAGCAGGCGUCUUCCACAUCUGCGCCCUGCCCAGGAAUUCUGCCCCGGAUGGAUCCGAUGUGGCGAACGGCUGA